AUGAAUCCUAAAGAAGCCUUUCUGAAGAAUGUCAUUCUGAAUUGUUUUCCCAGGUCUAAACUGUGCAUCACACAUCUGUUGAAGAAUGAAAACCCUCACAUCCUCAACCUCAGCCCACCGCUUAACCUUAACCCAAUCUGGUUGAAAAACCACACUGGUAAGAAAGGCUUUAUCCAUUGUCUCUGCGUCCUAAAUCCCACCCUGUUCCCUUUAUAGUGCACUACUUUUGACCAGGGCCCAUAGUGAAUAGGGUGCCAUUUGGGAUGCAAACAUAAUCUGUUUGCUCUGCACUGGUAAAGGUCUUGUUUUCAAAUGAUUUGAGUUGUUUUGACCUGUUCAUCUUUUUGAUGGUUCCCUUAACAUGGUAUGGCAUGUCCAUGUGUGUUCUGGGUAUGGCAUGUCCAUGUGUGUUCUGGGUAUGGCAUGUCCAUGUGUGUUCUGGGCAUGGCUGAGGAGUUCAGAGGGUCCAUCGCUGUCAAUGCCUUAUGGCCCAAGACGGGUACGUGUUGAACGAUGCCAUUCCACUGUAUUACCAGUUGUAAUGACCCAGAGUAGACAUGAGCGAACUAGUCUGUCAGCUAGAUGUGGAGAUAGUUACUGUGUCACUUUAUCAUCAUUUGGAAAUCUCACCAUUUCCGUCUCGUCUCCUCCAGUAUCCAGACUGCUGCUAUGGACAUGCUGGGGGGCGCGGACAUGGGUAAGCAGUGUCGUAACGUUGACAUCAUGUCAGACGCAGCCUACGCCGUUCUCAGUAAGCCUCCCAGCUACACCGGGAACUUUGUCAUCGACAAGGAAAUUCUGAAGACAGAGGGCAUUAAAGACUUUGAGAUAUACGCCAUCGCUCCAGGUAAGUAUGUGCACGGUGAUAUGAGGCUAAACAUUGAAUUUUAAAUCCCAGGUUAAAACCCCCCCGAAUACAGUAGGCUAAAUGAAUGGGCUUCCACUUGGAUGGAUCUCUAGAGUCAUUUUGAGAUGGUGUGGUUAUGGUGUCCAAAGGGCAGGGGUAUUGAACUCUGACCCCUACGAGGUCCUGGUGUGGUUAUGGUGUCCAAAGGGCAGGGGUAUUCAACUCUGACCCUACGAGGUCCUGGUGUGGUUAUAGUGUCCAGAGGGCAGGGGUAAUGAACUCUGACCCCUACGAGGUCCUGGUGUGGUUAUAGUGUCCAGAGGGCAGGGGUAAUGAACUCUGACCCCUACGAGGUCCUGGUGUGGUUAUAGUGUCCAGAGGGCAGGGGUAUUGAACUCUGACCCCUACGAGGUCCUGGUAUGGUUAUGGUGUCCAGAGGUCAGGGGUAUUCAACUCUGACCCCUACGAGGUCCUGGUGUGGUUAUGGUGUCCAGAGGGCAGGGGUAUUGAACUCUGACCCCUACGAGGUCCUGGUGUGGUUAUGGUGUCCAGAGGGCAGGGGUAUUGAACUCUGACCCCUACGAGGUCCUGGUGUGGUUAUGGUGUCCAGAGGGCAGGGGUAUUCAACUCUGACCCCUACGAGGUCCUGGUGUGGUUAUGGUGUCCAAAGGGCAGGGGUAUUCAACUCUGACCCUACGAGGUCCUGGUGUGGUUAUAGUGUCCAGAGGGCAGGGGUAUUGAACUCUGACCCUUACGAGGUCCUGGUGUGGUUAUGGUGUCCAGAGGGCAGGGGUAUUCAACUCUGACCCCUACGAGGUCCUGGUGUGGUUAUGGUGUCCAAAGGGCAGGGGUGUUCAACUCUGACCCUACGAGGUCUGAACUACCGCUGUUUUUCUGUUCUACCAGACAACUAACUGCACCCACCUGGUGUCCCAGGUCUAAAUCAGUCCCUGGUUAAAGGGGAAUCACCCACCUGGUGUCCCAGGCCUAAAUCAGUGCCUGGUUAAAGGGGAAUCACCCACCUGGUGUCCCAGGUCUAAAUCAGUCCCUGAUUUAAAGGGGAAUCACCCACCUGGUGUCCCAGGUCUAAAUCAGUCCCUGUCUAAAUCAGUCCCUGGUUAAAGGGGAAUCACCCACCUGGUGUCCCAGGUCUAAAUCAGUCCCUGUCUAAAUCAGUCCCUGGUUAAAGGGGAAUCACCCACCUGGUGUCCCAGGUCUAAAUCAGUCCCUGGUUAGAGGGGAAUCACCCACCUGGUGUCCCAGGUCUAAAUCAGUCCCUGGUUAAAGGGGAAUCACCCACCUGGUGUCCCAGGCCUAAAUCAGUCCCUGACUAGCUAGAGGGGAACAAUGAAACAAAAGCAGUGGAACUGGCUUCCAGAGUUGAGUUGGAGGGGUCUAGAUGAUGUGGUAAUGGUUUGUCUCUGUGUGUCUACAGGGAAUCCACUGCUGCCAGACUUCUUCCUGGCUGAGGAGUUGAUGCAGAACAUGGGGGAUCAGGUUGUCAUCACAGUGUUAGAGAGUGACAAACCCAGCGCUGCAUGGGCCUCCAGUGGGCCCAUAGCGGAAACAUUCAAUAUCAUCAAGGGAGUCCUCAACCCUGACAUUGUCAAAUCCACUGGCGGAGUCUACAAGUUCCACCUGUCUGGUAAGAUAUGUGUUUUCAGCUUUAACCCAGACAUCAUCUAG